GACGUCACUUCCGGUGUACACAGCCGGUCCGGGCGGCCGCGGGGGAGCCGGGGCGCGUCGCAGGAAAUGACUUAGAGGCCUUAUGAUCCACCCGUGCUGCUUGCUUCAGACUUUACAACCGAGGGCCAACCUGGUCUGGAAGCACUUACUAAUGUUCCAAGGAAACUGCUACCUCAGCAAGCAAAAGGAAAGAGAAGAUAUAACAAAUGCCCUGUUUAGGGAAAACUUGUUUUCAGAGAACAUUACAAGAAGUUUUGAAGUUUUUAGCGUUGCAAGUGAGUGGAUCUGACAGGCAGGCUCUGUCAGAACCCUGCGGAGGUUUGUUCCUCCCCAGGACUUGGUGAAACAACCCUGUACUGCUUUUUAAACUGCUGUUGAUCAGCUUGUGAUUCUAACUUUUUUCGUAUAUUAAAGAUACAUAAUAUUACAUUUUAAAAAGUUAAGUUAUUUUUCUGCCAUUGUAAAUAUAAGUAUCAAAAUAUUGCAAAGCAAUUAUAAGUGAACAUUUUUUCCAACAAGCAUCUUUUUACUAAGAAUAGUAUGCUAAACAAUUCUUAUAAUGACAUUUGGAUGCUUAUUUUUUUGUCAGUGGUCCUUCCUACACUGAAAAUACUAAUUAUAUAAACCUGUUGUCCUUCUCGCCUCUAUGUUGGAUCACAUGGUCACCUGCCUCAUGGAAAUGCCUUUUUUAAAAGCUAUAUUUGCAGAACUCCACUAUUUUUAUACUUAGCAACAGUUUUGGGAAAAAAAGAACUCAGAACUCUGAGCUGCUCCCGGCCCUGGGACACUUUCCCUCCCGCAUGUACUGCUGCAGCGCCCAGGACAGUAAAAUGGACUACAAGCGGCGCUUCCUGCUUGGCGGGUCCAAGCAGAAGGUACAGCAGCACCAGCAGUACCCGAUGCCCGAGCUGGGCCGAGCGCUGAGUGCUCCCCUGACGUCCACCUCUGCUCCCCUGGGCAGCCUGACCGCUGCAGGCAGCUGCCACCAUGCUGUGCCCCACUCCACCCCUAUCGCCGACAUCCAGCAGGGCAUCUCAAAGUACCUGGAUGCUCUCAACGUCUUCUGCCGCGCCAGUACUUUCCUCACCGAUCUCUUCAGCACUGUAUUCAGGAACUCUCACUACUCCAAGGCCGCCAUGCAGCUCAAAGAUGUGCAGGAGCACGUCAUGGAAGCAGCCAGCCGGCUGACCUCAGCCAUAAAGCCCGAGAUUGCCAAGAUGCUGAUGGAGCUCAGUGCUGGGGCCGCCAGCCUCACCGACCAGAAGGAGUUCAGUCUGCAGGACAUGGAGGUACUGGGGCGAUGUUUCCUGACAGUGGUGCAGGUCCACUUCCAGUUUCUGACCCAUGCAUUGCAGAAGGUCCAGCCAGUGGUUCACUCUUGCUUCACUGAGGCAGUUGUGCCAGAAAAGAAGAACAGCAGUGGUGGUAGCGGCUUAACUGGAAUGGGCCACACGCCUGAACUGGAGGAAGCUGUGCGAUCCUGGCGGGGGGCUGCUGAGGCAACAUCUAGACUAAGAGAAAGAGGCUGUGAUGGCCGCUUGGCGGGCAUUGAAGUUCAACAACUCUUCUGUUCUCAAACGGCAGCGAUUCCUGAGCACCAGCUAAAAGAGCUAAACAUGAAAAUCGACAGUGCUUUGCAAGCAUAUAAGCUAGCUCUGGAAAGCUUAGGCCACUGUGAGUAUGCGAUGAAAGCAGGCUUCCACCUGAAUCCCAAGGCCAUUGAAGCCAGUUUGCAGGGCUGCUGUAGUGAAGCGGAAGCGCAGCAGACGGGGCGAAGGCAGACGCCUCCGCAGCCCAUGCAGUGUGAGCUCCCCACCGUCCCCGUGCAGAUAGGGCCUCAUCUCCUGAAGGGUGUCUCCUUUAAUGAGCCGGCUGCCGACAACCUGAAGCUUAAGACGCAUACAAUGUUACAGCUCCUCAAGGAAGCAGGCUGCUACAAUGGAAUCACACCUAGGGAUGAUUUUCCUGUGACUGAAGUUCUGAAUCAGGUGUGUCCAUCCACCUGGCGGGGUGCCUGCAAGACUGCUGUGCAGCUCCUGUUUGGCCAAGCUGGACUGGUGGUGGUUGACACAGCACAGAUUGAAAAUAAAGAGGCCUAUGCCCCCCAAAUCAGCUUAGAAGGCUCCAGAAUUGUGGUUCAAGUCCCAUCCACAUGGUGCCUGAAGGAAGACCCUGCAACCAUGUCCCUGCUGCAGAGAAGCCUCGAUCCUGAGAAGACCCUGGCUCUGGUAGACGUGCUCUACACAGCUGUGCUGGACCUAAACCGCUGGAGGGCAGGAAGGGAACAAGCUCUACCUUGCAUACAGAUCCAGCUGCAAAGGGAGAUCUGUGAUUUUGGGAACCAGACUGACCUGCCUUCUGGAAAUGGAAACAAAUCUUCAGGGGGCCUGCAGAAGACGUUCUCCAAGCUGACGUCCCGAUUCACCAAGAAAGCUUCGUGUACCAGCUCUAACAGCAGCACAAACUAUUCUAUCCCAAGUACUCCUUCCAAAAAUGUGUUCAUGGCUGGGUGUUCAGAAGAGAAGGCCAAAAUGCCCAGCAAUAUUGAUACACGGUUACAAAGCAUUUUGAACAUUGGUAACUUCCCUAGGACUACAGACCUUUCACAGUCUGCUCAGAAUUCCAGUAACCCAGUAGCCAAUGGUUUUCCCCUGGAGAGACGAGAACACUUCCUGCAGGGGGAUGACAGCAAGGAUGAGAAGGGUAUGAACUUACCAACAGACCAGGAGAUGCAGGAAGUAAUAGAUUUUCUCUCUGGCUUUAAUAUGGGCCAGUCACAUCAGGGCUCUCCACUGGUGACAAGGCGUAAUUCUACUACCACAGCCAUGGUGACUGAGCAGAAGGCAGGAGCCGUGCAACCACAGCAGCCAUCACUGCCAGUACCCCCUCCACGGCCACCCCAGGCUGGGGCACAGACGCCUCUGACACUCCAGCCAGGUCUGGCACCUCAGCAGCAGUCCCCAAAGCAACACCAGCCCCAGGUCCAAUACUAUCAACACCUGCUCCAACCCAUUGGGCCACAGCAGCCCCCGCCUCAACCUAGGACACCUGGAAAAUGGAUACAUGGCUCAUCCCAGCAAUCAUCACAGGCUGUGGGCGCAGGUCUGUCUCCUCUUGGUCAGUGGCCUGGCAUAUCUGAUCUCAGCUCUGACUUGUACAGCUUGGGCCUAGUGAGCAGCUAUAUGGAUAAUGUGAUGUCAGAAGUUUUGGGACAGAAGCCACAGGGACCUAGAAAUAACACCUGGCCGAACCGUGACCAAAGUGAUGGUGUCUUUGGAAUGCUGGGAGAGGUUCUACCUUUUGAUCCUGCAGUGGGCUCAGACCCAGAGUUUGCACGCUAUGUGGCAGGAGUAAGCCAGGCCAUGCAACAGAAGCGACAUGCCCAGCACGGCCGCCGUCCAGGCAACCCUCGGGGCAACUGGCCACCCAUGGAUGAUGCCCAUCGGACCUGGCCUUUGCCAGAGUUCUUCACGGAAGGGGAUGGCCUACACAGUGGCUGGUCAGGUGCUCAGGGAGACUCCGCCAGUUCCAGUGACGAGACCUCUUCAGCCAACGGAGACAGCUUGUUCUCCAUGUUUUCAGGGCCUGACCUCGUCGCUGCCGUCAAGCAGAGAAGGAAACACAGCAGUGGAGAGCAAGAGACCAGCACGUUGCCCUCACCACCCCUCCUCACUACCGUGGAGGACGUGAACCAGGAUAACAAAACCAAAACGUGGCCACCCAAAGCACCAUGGCAGCACCCUUCCCCGCUGCCCAGCACGCUGCCCAGCCCAGGUGCACCACUCUAUGCAGUCGCCAGCCCUGGCAGCCAGUGGAAUGACACCAUGCAGAUGUUGCAGUCUCCUGUGUGGGCUGCAACCAGCGGCUGCAGUACCGCCUCCUUCACCUCUGUGCAGACCCCUCCACAGCCCCCAGCACCAACCCCACCAGCACACAGGGCAGCACCCAAGGGCUUCAAGGCCUUCCCGGGGAAGGCUGAGCGCAGGCCAGCCUACUUGCCCCAAUACUGACCAUAGCCAGCUUGCUGCCAGCCCAGAGCUGUGGGGCAAGUGUCCCUGCCCCAGGGCUGACUAGCUGACACCAGCCCCCCACAAGGACCAGUGUACCCCUGACCCAAGGAGGGGAAUGUUCCUUGGGGUCAGGAGUGAUUGGCAGCUCCAAGCCUUUAAACUUACAGUCUGGUUUCUCAAUCUUUGAAGGCAGCUGACCCCUGGAAGCCAGCUGAAAAUGGAGAUGUCUGACACUCAGGGGGGAUGCUGGAUAAUCUGUAUGCUUAAUAAGCACCCCUAGUGAUCCUGGUGCAGGUGGCCAGAGGCCACACUUGGAGAAACACAGUCCUAAGGUUGUCAGCCCUGCUGAGUUGGGAGGAAAACAUGGCCAUUCUCUGAAACCCUCUUCUCUUUCUCCUCUUUAACACACUGAGUGGAGACCCCUCCUAUCACCGAUUCCUUAACAAUUUUCAUGUUAGGUUUUCGGUUAAAACAUCUCCUGCCUAAAAUGCAUCGGAUAUUUUAAAACAACAGAUACACUGGCAGAGGUUCGCUCAGCACUGUCUUCAUUCUACUGUGCACAAGACACUGAUAGAACAGUCACCUGACUUCUCGUGGGUGGGCAGCCCUCUCCUCAAGGGCAGGGUUGUGAAGCAGUUGUCGGAGGUAUGUUCCGGUGGUGCACCGAGAGGGGCUAGCAGGCCCUCCCCACCAGAUCCUUCCAUAUGGAGCCAGGGCCAUCACCAUGCUCCUCAGAGCAGGGAGCUGUGGGAGGGGGCUGCACCAAGACCCCUGCACUCAAAACCACAGUAACAUUUGUGAGCUGGCUCAGAAGACAAAUGAACGAUGUAGACAGGAAUUGAAGUCUUUCUUUUAAACAAAAAAUCCACUUCAUUUUCAGUUAACAUGUGCCAUUAAGCAGAUAGCAUCCUGUGGAUUUAGGGAUUUUUUUCAGCCAGAAUGGACCCAGAAGAAUUGAAUGGUGCUUCAAUUGAGAAAUAAUAAUAAAUACAUCUAUAUAGUUUAGACAUCCCACUGUAUAUUAAUUGAGGUUGUGGAAAGUUCUUUAUAUUAUAUAAAACUUAUUUAAAUUUUUCAUAGUUCAUCUUUGAAAAAGUAUAAUUGAUAAAAAUCCAUGAUAUUUUCUGGUAUGAAAGUUUGACAGUAUUAAUAUUUUUUUUAAUAUUUUCUUAAAUCAUUAAGCCAUUUUAAUAUAUGUUAACUACUAAUAAAUGGUUUAUUCUUUCUAACUCCAUAUAAGCUUUUCCAACAAAGAUUGUAAUAACACAUUUAUGUUCUCAUUUUUCUACAAAUAUAAGUAAAUUUAUAUUUUAAAAAAUACCAAAAAGAAAAUAUAUUCAUGUACACAUGCCACACACACACAUAUUACAGAAGACCCUUGGGGUAUCUGAGCUCAGCCUCCCACACAUCACACACACCACACACACACCACACACACACACACACACACACAUUCUCUCUCUCUCUCCAGAGGACCCUUGAGGUUUCUGAGCCUCCUGAGUGCUUAGUGCUGUGUCACCAGGCUGUUUGCAGCCUCGAGUGUUGUCUUUGUGCUGUGUGGGGACGCCAUUGCUGCCUGUACUUACGAUCCUUCCACCAUGGGUUCAAAACGUUCACUCACCAUGUUUACAGAGAACUAUUUUGUACAUAGAGUUUUUCAGGCACGUGCUUUACACCAACCCUGUGUGGCUCUUGUCUGUGUUAGCUGUCACCAUGUGCACACUGACCUGUUUAAGUUCUUUGUGGCUGUCUCACUUGUAAGAUAGGUUCCUAUUUGUUCAGUGCCCUGCCCACAAUACCUUGUAUUUCAAGUCCUAUUGUACUAGAGUACUCUUGUUUCAGUAGUGACUCCCCAAAAACCUCACCCUGACAGAGGUCAGCCCUUGAUGCCCCAGCUCUGGUGACAUCUUAAUCGUCAUGUUCCAAGUCUUUUUUUCUCUAUUAAGGAAGACACUCUGUAAUUGCAUCUCUGUGGCUGUGAGACUGUGUGAAGAAGCUGUUUGUGUAGUCUACAUGUAGGCGCUGUGUGUCCAGCACCGCCUUGCUCUGAACACUGGUAAUUCCAGGUGCUGCGCUCGGCAGAGAGGUCUUGCCAGAGCGCAAGUGUGUGUGUGUGUGUGUGUGUGUGUGUGUGUCCGUCGCAUGACCGGGUGUGGCUGCCUUGGCAUCAGCAGGACAUUGUGUGAAUAGUUACAACGCUUCCAAACUGGAACUCUACAUUUUGUAUCUUUUAAAGCUCCUAUAAGUAAAAUAACUAUUGGCUUUAUUAAAAAUAUACAUUUAAUAGUA